AUGCCUUAUAUCCUGACCGAUGAGAAAGGUAAUCAAUGGACAGAUCGCAGUCGGACUCAGGACAUGACCCACUGGAAUAGUACGAUCGACAUUCGACCACCAGCAAGAGAACAGAACAAGGCUGUUGUGGAUUUGUUUUUGCAUCAGAAUUGGGAAGGCGGUGUUAUGGUAAUGCCAGCCAAUACUGAAGACAAUUACGAAUGUCAUGAUCUCGCAAACCAGAUGAUAUACGCCGGAAAAUUUAUUGUCAAAUAUGUGAUCAACACUGACCCUGAGAAAAUGACCAAACGAAUCGCUUCUGUAAUUCGGAACGCCUUGUAUAUGACUCAAACUCUUCAUAUUAUCUGCAGUCCGCGAGAAAGUAAACAUAAUCUCAGUACAGUUUUUCUCUCGGAGGUAGUUGUUGAAGACGGAAAAACAGGUUGGAUAGCUUUCAACGACACUGGACAGCGUAAAAAUUAUACACUCUAUCUAUACCAGCAUGGUCAAGAUAAUUCACCGAUUGCUGAAUGGAAACCAGAUGGCGCCACGUUCGCCGACAGACUCAAGUUUAUACGGAAAAAUGACAGUUCUUCAAUUAUAUCUGAGGGCAUAUUUGAGGACAAACUUAGAAUAAUGGUCGUUGAAGUACGUUCUUCUUCUUCUUCUUCUUCUUUUUCUACUACUACUACUUCUUCUUCUUCUUCUUCUUCUUCUUCUUCUUCUUCUUUUUUGGUCAAUUCUCCGUUGCGUCUUUCUUUCCUUUUUCUUCUUUUACUCUGGCUUAUAUUCCGUCACUUAGUUCUUACCUUUCUUCUCCUUCUUUGUCUUAAAGCUUCGACAUUUCCUUCUUUCCUUUCUUCUCCUUCUUCUUUGGCUUACUCUCCCUCACUUCCUUCUUUCUUUUCUUCUUCUUCUCUCAUUCACUUCCCUUCUCUUUUUUCUUCUUCCUUUUCUUUUUUUCCUUUCUUCGUUAGCUUACUCUCCCUCCUUCCUUCUUUCUUAUCUUCCCUCACUUCCUUCUUUCCUUUCUUUUCCUUCUUCUUUUGGCUUCCUUCUUUCCCUUCUUCUUCCUUUCUUUUCUUUUCUUCUUCUUCUUCGUUGGCUCUCCCUCAAUUCCUUCCUUCUUCUUCUUCGUUCUUUCCUUUCUUCUUCUUCUUCGUUGGCUUACUCUCCCUCACUUCCUUCUUUCUUUUCUUCUUCUUCCUUACUCUCCAUAACUUUCUUCUUUCCUUUCUUCUUUUUCUUUCACUUACUCUCCGUCACUUUUUUCUUUCCAUUUCUUCUUCUUCUUCUUCUUCUUCUUCUUCUUCUUCUUCUUCUUCUUCUUCGUCACUGCCUUCUUUCCAUUCUGUUCUGAUUAUUCUGUUUAUUCACUUCCACCCUUUCCUUUUUCUUCUGUCUCAUCUACCUUCUAUUUAUUUCCCUCGUCUGUUUAUUUUUUUUUUUCUCAUCCAUUCUUCUUCUUCUUCUUCUUCUUCUUCCAGAUUCUUCUUCUUCUUCUUCUUCUUCUUCUUCUUCUUCCAGAUUCUUCUUCUUCUUCUUCUUCCAGAUUCUUCUUCCAGAUUCUUCUUCUUCUUCUUCUUCUUCUUCUUCCAGAUUCUUCUUCCAGAUUCUUCUUCUUCUUCUUCCAGAUUCUUCUUCUUCUUCUUCUUCCAGAUUCUUCUGUUUUUUCGCUUCCACCCUUUUUUUUUUUUAAAUGUAUUACUCUGUAACUCUCUACCUUGA